CAACAUGACAGGAAGCUUGCUUGACGAGUUGAAGUUGAAGUGAGGUUUUGUAGGUUGUUUGCAGCUUUAGUGGGCGGCAUCCGUCAGUUCCUCAGAGAUCAUCACUGUCAAAUCAAAUGACAGUUCUUCUUUAGGCCUCUUUCAACGGAUAACUGGUGCUGGUACUAAGGACUAACAAUGAUUGGGGGGUUGUUUGUAUACAACCACAAGGGGGAGGUGCUCAUAUCACGGGUUUACAGAGAUGAUAUUGGAAGGAAUGCAGUUGACGCUUUCCGUGUCAAUGUCAUUCACGCACGGCAACAAGUACGCUCACCCGUUACCAAUAUUGCUCGCACUUCCUUCUUUCACAUCAAGCGUGCAAACAUUUGGCUAGCUGCUGUAACAAAGCAGAAUGUCAAUGCUGCUAUGGUUUUUGAGUUCCUUCUGAAGAUUGUUGAUGUUAUGCAGUCCUAUUUUGGAAAGAUCUCUGAAGAAAACAUCAAGAACAAUUUUGUUCUAAUUUAUGAACUCCUUGAUGAAAUCCUGGACUUUGGUUACCCUCAAAAUUCAGAUACUGGUGUUCUAAAGACUUUCAUUACCCAGGCUGGUAUUAAAUCACAGACCAAAGAGGAGCAAGCACAAAUCACCUCUCAAGUAACUGGGCAAAUUGGAUGGCGGCGAGAGGGUAUUAAGUACCGCCGCAAUGAAUUAUUCCUGGAUGUUUUGGAGUAUGUGAAUUUGCUCAUGUCACCCCAAGGUCAAGUCUUGUCUGCUCAUGUUGCUGGAAGAGUGGUGAUGAAAUCAUACCUCUCAGGAAUGCCAGAAUGUAAAUUUGGCAUCAAUGACAAAAUUGUAAUGGAAGCCAAAGGAAAAUCUUUGGUGACAAGUGGAGGGGCUGGUGGCCUUGCAGGGGGAGAUGAUCCUGCACGAUCUGGGAAGCCUGUUGUUGUCAUUGAUGACUGCCAGUUCCAUCAAUGUGUGAAACUGUCCAAGUUUGAAACUGAACAUGCCAUCAGCUUCAUACCUCCUGAUGGAGAGUUUGAACUUAUGCGUUACCGAACCACCAAGGAUAUUUCCCUCCCAUUCCGAGUUAUUCCUCUAGUACGUGAAGUAGGACGCACAAAAAUGGAAGUGAAAGUUGUGCUCAAAAGUAAUUUCAGACCAGCUCUGCUUGGCCAAAAGAUUGAAGUGAAAAUCCCAACACCUCUUAAUACUUCUGGAGUCCAGCUGAUUUGUUUGAAAGGAAAGGCAAAGUACAAGGCUUCUGAAAAUGCCAUCAUGUGGAAGAUCAAACGUCUUGCAGGAAUGAAAGAGACACAAUUGUCAGCUGAAAUUGAACUCUUAGAGACAGACACCAAGAAGAAGUGGACCAGACCCCCUAUUAGCAUGAACUUUGAGGUUCCAUUUGCUCCCUCAGGUUUCAAAGUUAGAUAUCUGAAAGUAUUUGAAUCAAAGCUUAACUAUUCAGACCAUGAUGUUGUCAAGUGGGUCCGUUACAUUGGUCACAGUGGAUUGUAUGAAACCAGGUGCUGAAUUUACCAUUGUGGAAGAUACAAAAGUUAUUUGUGAGUUCAAAUAUCUUGGUGUUGUAUGUUUGCCAUUAUAAUCAUUCCCAGUCACUUGUGGAGAUAGGAGUUUAAGACAUUUUACGUAAGUGUGAGUCAAAACUUUGAAAUCGUUGUUUUGUUUUUAAUCUUUGUGCAAUAGGGCAUUUUGUUACUUGUGUGGCUAUUUGCUCUCUAGUUAAAUGCAAUAAUGUUGUUAAUUCAGUUUCUUUAAACUGAAUAUGAGAGAUCUGUUAAACAAUGAAAUGUACCGUUUUGACUAUUUACCCAGUAUUAGAUCUGGAUCACAUUUAGUCAACUCUGUAUGCUUGUGAUAGCUAUCAAUUUUAUGCAAAUAUUUUGCCAUUUGAAUCAUACGUACUAAAUGAAUUUUGAUUUGCAUCUGUUAAUCCAGUGAUAUCAUGUGAAAUGCAAGCCUGCAGUCAUAUUUUAGCAUCGUCAAAAAUGGUUUUAUGAAGUAUAUUAAGCUACCAAGCUUGUUUUAGAAAUAAUGUUGUUGUAAAUGUGAACAUAAUCAUUCAUAUGUAGAUAAAUCUAUGUAUACAAAGUAUAUAAAUACCAAUGUUAGUGGAAUUCUCAGAAGUAAUCUGAUAAUAAAAUUAUGGAUCACUGAUAA